AUGGGAUCUUCAAUCAAUUAUCCGGGAUUCGUUAGCAAGCCUAACCAGCGCGCGACGAGCAAUCCCUUUUUCCAGCGAGAAAGCGUUCCCGGAACUCAAGGAACGGCAAAAUCGAAGCUUUCGCUGGCAUUACAAAUCCAGAAAGACGGUAACAACGACUGUGGUGAUGGAAAAGAUAAAAGCGACCCGGAGGAGCAGGAAUCAGACUCGGAGUAUUCCUCGUGCGACGAAAAAAACGAGGAAAGCCUAAGGGACUACAAGCCCGGUGGAUACCACCCCGCGUUUCGUGGUGAGACCUACAACGAGGGCCGCUACAUGGUCGUUCGGAAACUCGGCUGGGGCCAUUUUUCGACUGUAUGGCUAGCGAAAGACACUGCGACAAAUGCGCACGUCGCAAUGAAAAUUGUGCGCAGCGACAAAGUUUAUACUGAGGCAGCCCUUGAUGAAAUCAAACUCCUUCGGCAAGUCAGCGCACCUGUGAGCUCUACAGAGAGCCUCUACGAUUCUUCAAAGCACAUUUUGAGCCUGCUGGACAGCUUCAACCAUAACGGUCCUAACGGCAAGCAUGUUGUGAUGGUAUUUGAGGUGUUAGGGGAGAAUCUAUUGGCCCUUAUUAAAAAAUAUGAGCAUCGCGGCAUCCCGGUGAUGUACGUGAAACAAAUCGCCAAGCAGUUGUUGCUUGGGCUCGAUUACAUGCAUAGAAAGUGUGGCGUUAUUCACACAGAUAUCAAGCCCGAAAACGUUUUAAUGGACGUUGGAGACGUUGAGGCAAUUGUAAGGAUGGUUGAAGUACUUGACAAGAAAAAGCGGGACCAGAAGAGGAGUCAGAGAAGGGCCACCAAGACUUCGAUGGAUCUACCAGCUGCUCCCAAUAGUUUAUCGAGAGGCAGCGCAUCUGCCUCUUUGGAGCGAAGCAGUAGCGAUCGUAGAAUGAGAAGACAUACAAUCAUCACUGGUUCCCAGCCCUUGCCCUCUCCCAUUAGCUCUACAAACUUUUUCGAGAUGAAAGCCCAAAUGAUAGGCAACUCGCUUCCAAGACCCACGGCAUGCUCAUCACGGAGCAAUGCUAACCUCUCGGGCGGCGACGACGAACAAGUUGCCAACUCUCUUUCUUCGCUGGAGCUGACGACCACCGCUGAUGAACGUCCUGAGGACGAAAGUCAAAGAGAGCACGACAUCAUCCAGAUUAAAAUUGCGGAUUUAGGCAACGCGUGUUGGUAUGAUGAACACUACACAAACUCAAUACAGACUCGGGAGUAUCGGUCACCUGAAGUGCUUCUGGGCUGUCAAUGGGGAUGCAGCGCCGACAUCUGGUCGGCGGCGUGCUUAAUAUUCGAAUUGCUGACGGGCGACUUCCUAUUCGAGCCGGAUGAAGGGCAUUCUUACUCUAAGGACGAUGAUCAUAUCGCACAAAUCAUUGAAUUACUGGGUGAAAUUCCUGCGCGUCUGUUAAGUACGGGUCGCCACGCUAGGACCUUUUUUAAUUCGCGAGGCCAGCUAAGGAACAUCUCAAAGCUCAAGUUCUGGCCUUUGAAAGACGUUCUCAUGGAAAAAUAUAGAUUUGCGGCUGAGGAUGCGGAAACUAUUUCGGAUUUUUUGAUGCCAAUGCUUCGCCUCGACCCUCAAGAAAGAGCAGAUGCUGGUGGCAUGGUUAAUCACCCCUGGCUGAGAGACACUGUUGGGCUAGAAGGAGUUGCGCUCAGUGAACGAAAAUUAUACCAGAGUGGCGCCGAUAUCCCUGGUUGGUCUCAGGAGGUUACGGGUCAUCCGAGACAUUAG